AUGGAUGCCAUCAUCAAGCAGUUCUUCGACAAGAAAGUAGGUGACUUCCUGAAGGUUGACGCGGGCAAUCUCCGCGUCGACGCCGCCACCGGGCAGUUCGUUUUGAAGAAGGCCUCCAUCGUCGGCCAAGCCUUCGAUGGCCUGCACCUGCCUGUGACGCUACGAGGAGGUUUCAUCGAUGAAUUGUCAAUCCAUUUGCAUCUUGAUGUCUUCAAUCGUGGCGGCAAUGUCUCCCUCCAGAUUCUCAUCAAGAAUGUUUUCCUGCUCUUCGGCCCGCAAACGACAGAUUGGUCCUAUGACCAUGUGAAGCAGUGCAAAUCGAAGAUCGUGGACUUGGUCAUGAAGAUCCUUGAGCUGAAGCCCGCAAAGAAGCGCCGAGCAGCUGAGGAGACAGCCACCGGGUGGCUCAGCGAUAUUCAGACCCGCAUCAAGCAAGACCUGAUGAAGAAGGUGGCUGAGAUGAUCGAGGUGAACAUCGCCAACUUCCACGUGCGGUUUGAGGACUCGGUGACGCAGCCAGUGCCCUUUGCCUGCGGCUUUAAGCUGGGCUAUGCCGCGGUCUUUUCCAAUGAGGGGACGGCUGCCAUCCUUGACGUUUUAGUCGACACUGCUGACACUAUCCCGGGCCAGCAUACCGUGGACAACCUGGCGGAUCCGCUCUUUUGUCAGCCGGGCACCCGGCGUAGGAACUGGUGCCAAUUGGGAGAGACCGGCCAGGCGUUGUCCAACACCGUCUAUGAUGAAACAUAG